GCGCAGUCCUGAUUCCGGAAAUAUACGAUGUUGCCCGAUGUGAUCCCGGAAUGUCAGCAGAUCUUAUUUCAUAUGCAGACUGCUUGAUGGUUUGCUUUUGCCACUUAACACUCUAUGCGCAAUGUUGAAAUAUUUAAUAGUUCUUAUUUCAGUGGUCUUGGCCGUAUGGACGGUGCCCGAAUGGCUCACAUUUCCGAUUUACGGAAAUGUUGUAAAUGUAUUACAGUCGUGGCUGCGGCACACCAAUGGUCUGUCAGCAUCUGCUCCGGAGCGCAUGCUGACCGAAGAUGAGCUGUCUUUAUACAACGGAGAGCAGAACAGUAAAGGAUUGUACCUGGCGAUUUUAGGACAGGUGUUUGACGUUGAAAGAGGGAGGAAACACUACGGCCCUGGUGGCAGUUACCAUUUUUUCACAGGUCGAGAUGCAUCACGGGCGUUUAUCACAGGUGAUUUUACAGAAACAGGUUUAUCCAGUGAUGUCUCGGAUUUUGCUGACUCACAGAUUGUGGCUCUUUAUGACUGGUUAGCAUUUUAUCAGAAGGACUACACUCCAGUAGGUAAAUUGAUUGGCCGGUUCUACACAGAGACCGGGCAGCCCACAGAUGCCCUGCGGCAGGUGGAGUCUUUCUUGUCCGAGGGGUUGAAGAAAAAGGCUCAGGCUCAGAAUGAGAUGCAGCUUUACCCAUCAUGUAACUCAGAGUGGAGUGAAUCCAAUGGGGGACGGGUAUGGUGCUCCAAAAAGAGUGGUGGAAUUCACAGAGACUGGGUUGGAGUACCCAGAAUGCUCUUCACCCCUGGAUCUGGCCACUCCCGAUGUGUGUGUAUUCAACAGUCCGAUCCAAUGCAUUCAGAGAACCGAAAUCUCAGAGAGUACACGGACUGUCCUCCUCACGCCGAAUCCUGUCGUAUCACCAAAGACAAGCUUCAAGCUUAGCUCAUACUCCAGGAGCCUGCUGUACUUGGUUUAGGUUUAAAGGACCACUUCCUCAGCAUGGGCUGGCCUUAGAAAGAUUUUAACUAAUGUUAUGAUUUAUUGUAUCAUGCAAUUGACAAAUCACUGUUCUUUAAUUUCCAAUAUAAUUGAUUAAAUAAGACACAUUUUUCGUUGUUGUCCUUUAUGUAAAGUUGUCCUCCCUUUCUUGAAAAGGAUACUAGAGGCGGCGACAGGCUAAAUAUCUGAGCAUACAGAUACCAUACAAUGUGCAGAAAAGAUUAAACAGAGGCCAGAUUUUAAGUUUGUCACAUAGACAAAAGCACAACCUGCGUUAAGUACAAAACAGUUGUAGUGGUCAAAAAUAUUAUACACAUCUGUACAAUUUAACAAUACAAACAGACUGUGGACUCUGCCCCUCAAACAAACAAACUUAAAAUAUGAUCAUAAAAAUGAAAUUUGAUAAAGUGCACCUGUUAAGCAUGGACAUGAACAAGCAUUUAAAAUAUGACGGCUCAACAUAAUCUGACAUUUUACACUACUAAGACGACUUAGGAAAAACAGCGACAAAGCAAAUCUCCAGCACUAGCCUGCAGGGUAAGCAUUAACUGGAAUGUAACUUUUGGUGAUCAGAAAUUAAUAAAUCAAGAUUAUGACCAAAAAAAAAAA